GCGCGCUCCGCCUCACACCAGGGCGGCAGGUUCCCAUGGCUUCUCCCCCACCAAUGGGCGUCUUAGCGGUAAUUAUGGGAAAUGUAGUUCCAGGCGAGCGGGCUUGUACGCGCUCGCAGACCACGAUCCCCGACAGGCCCCACGCCUCUGCGUCGCCUCACGCAGAGCCUGCGCGGGGCGGGGGGCGCGUCCCCAACGGCUCCCGCGGCGGUUCGAACUCGGUGCAGCCGGAGUUCACUUGUUCCCCGCGUGGAGUGUCUGAUGCUUCCACGCCCCGAGCUCAGGAGAGGGUCCGAGGCUUCCGAACGCGGACGAGAGGGCGGCGUGCGCUGUUGUCAGGAAGCUAGAAAUGUUGAAAAAAUAAAGCAGAAUGGGGACCUGAUCCAUUGACUUUUGUAUGGGAGAGUCUUCUCAUUUAAGCAGAAGCAAAUUUGUGCAAACGAAAGGGGAAAAAAGAAACAUUUUCUCUGCGAUUACAUAGCGUCUCAUUUAAUUUCCUGCCACAGUUUCUUCCAAUAAGAUUCUUUCUGGCAAGGUACAAGAAAUACACUUCUUUUUUUAAGAAAUGGAAUCUAGUUCAUCAGACUACUGUAAUAAAGACAAUGAAGAAGAAAGUUUGCUUGCAAAUGUUGCUUCCUUAAGACAUGAACUGAAGAUAACGGAAUGGAGUUUGCAGAGUUUAGGGGAAGAGCUAUCCAGUGUUAGUCCAAGUGAAAAUUCCGAUUAUGCCUCUAAUCUUUCAAGAUCUGAAAAACUCAUUCUGGAAGAUCUUUCUCAUCCUAAGCUUGGACUUUUGAAUUACGUACCUUAUAAAAAAGUUUGUAAAAUGCCCACUGGCAGUACUGAUUUUCAAAAAAAGCCAAGAGAUAAGAUGUCUUUUUCAUUUGCCCCCAUGGACCAGGAGAUCAGAAAUCUUCGAGAGAAACUUAACAAACUCAGGCAACAGAAUGCUUGUUUGGUCUCACAGAAUCAUUCUUUAAUGACUAAAAUGGAAUCUGUCCACUUUGAAUUAACACAGUCAAGAGCAAAAGUUUCUAUGCUUGAAUCUGUUCAACAACAGGCAGCCAGUGUGCCAAUCUUAGAAGAACAGAUUAUAAAUUUGGAAGCAGAAGUUUCAGCCCAAGAUAAAGUUUUGAGAGAGGCAGAAGAUAAAUUAGAGCAGAGCCAGAAAAUGGUGAUUGAAAAGGAACAGAGUUUGCAGAAAUCCCAAGAGGAAUGUAUAAAGUUAAAGGUGGACUUACUUGAACAAAGUAAACAAGGAAAGAGAGCUGAACGACAAAGGAAUGAAGCACUAUAUAAUGCUGAAGAGCUAAGUAAAGCUUUCCAACAUUAUAAAGAAAAAGUGGCAGAAAAACUGGAAAAGGUUCAAGUUGAAGAAGAAAUAUUAGAGAAAAAUCUAAUUAGCUGUGAAAAAGAAAAUAAAAGGCUACAGGAAAAGUGUGGUCUAUAUAAAAGUGACCUUGAAAUUCUGAAAGAGAAAUUAAGGCAGUUAAAAGAAGAAAAUAACAAUGGAAAAGAAAAAUUAAGGAUCAUGGCAGUGAAAAAUUCAGAAGUUAUGGCACAACUAACUGAGUCUAGGCAAAGUAUUCUGAAGCUAGAGAGUGAAUUAGAGGACAAAGAAGAAGUACUUAGAGAAAAAUUUUCUCUAAUGAAUGAAAACCGAGAAUUAAAGGUCCGUGUUGUAGCACAGAAUGAGCGACUGGAUUUGUGUCAACAAGAAAUAGAAAGUUCAAGGGUAGAACUGAGAAGUUUGGAAAAAGUUAUGUCCCAGUUGCCAUUAAAAAGAGAAAUGUUUGGUUUUAAAUCAUCUCUUUCUAAACACCAGAUGAGUAGUUUGUCAAACAAGGAAGACAAUUACAUUGGCUGCUGUGAGGCAAAUAAAAUGGUGAUUUCAGAAUUGAGGAUUAAGCUUGCAAUAAAGGAGGCAGAAAUUCAAAAGCUUCAGGCAAACCUGGCUGCAAAUCAGUUAUCUAAGAGUCUUUUUGCUUGUAAUGACAAACAAGAAAGUGGCAAAUUAAAUAGUUUAGAGACAGAACCGGUAAAACUAGGAGGUAAUCAAUUAGCAGAAAGAAUAAAAGACCAAAAUCAACAUACUGUGAAUAAGCAAUAUGAAAGAGAAAGGCAGAGACUUGCUUCUGGAAUAGAAGAACUACGUGCUAAGUUGGUGCAAAUAGAAGCUGAGAAUUCUGAUUUGAAGGUUAACAUGGCCCACAGAACUAGUCAGUUUCAGCUGAUACAAGAGGAGCUGCUGGAGAAAGCUUCAAACUCUAGCAAACUAGAAAGUGAAAUGACAAAGAAGUGUUCUCAACUUUUAACUCUCGAGAAACAGCUAGAAGAAAAAAUAGUUGCUUAUUCCUCUAUUGCUGCAAAAAAUGCAGAACUAGAGCAGGAGCUUAUGGAAAAGAAUGAAAAGAUAAGAAGUCUAGAAACCAAUAUCAAUACAGAACAUGAGAAAAUUUGUUUAGCUUUUGAAAAGGCUAAGAAAAUUCAUCUUGAACAGCAUAAAGAAAUGGAAAAGCAGAUUGAAAGACUUGAAUCUCAACUAGAGAAAAAAGACCAACAGUUUAAAGAACAAGAAAAGACUAUGUCCAUUUUGCAGCAAGAUAUAAUAUGUAAACAACAUCAUCUUGAAUCACUAGACAGACUCCUGACGGAAAGCAAAGGGGAGAUGGAAAAGGAAAACAUGAAGAAAGAUGAAGCUUUGAGAACAUUACAGAACCAAGUAUCUGAAGAAACAAUCAAGGUCAGACAGCUAGAUUCAGCACUGGAAAUUUGUAAGGAAGAACUUGCCUUGCACUUGAAUCAAUUAGAAGGAAAUAAGGAAAAGUUUGAAAAACAGCUAAAGAAGAAAUCUGAAGAGGUAUACUGUUUACAGAAAGAACUAAAGAUAAAAAAUCAUAGUCUUCAAGAGACUGCUGAGCAGAAUCUUAUUCUACAGCAUACUCUUCAGCAACAGCAGCAAAUGUUACAACAAGAGACAAUUAGGAACGGAGAGCUAGAAGACAUUCAAACUAAACUUGAAAAACAGGUAUCGAAACUGGAACAAGAGCUUCAAAAACAAAGGGAAAGUUCAGCUGAAAAGUUGAGAAAAAUGGAGGAGAAAUGUGAAGCAGCCACACAUGAAGCCGAUUUGAAAAGGCAAAAAGUUAUUGAGCUUACUGGUACUGCCAGGCAAGUAAAACUUGAGAUGGAUCAGUACAGAGAAGAACUCUCUAAAAUGGAAAAAGAAAUAAUGUACCUAAAAAGAGAUGGAGAAAAUAAAGCAAUGCAUCUCUCUCAGUUAGACAUGAUCUUAGAACAGACAAAGACAGAACUAGAUAAGAAGACAAAUUCUGUGAAGGAAUUAGAAAAAUUACAGCACCACACUGAAACUGAACUAACAGAAGCUUUGCAGAAACAGGAAGCAUUAGAGUCUGAACUCCAAAAUGCGCAUGGAGAGUUAAAAAGUACUUUAAGACAACUUCAGGAAUUGAGAGAUGUACUACAGAAGGCUCAAUUAUCAUUAGAGGAAAAAUACACUACUAUAAAGGAUCUCACAGCUGAACUUAGAGAAUGCAAGAUGGAGAAUGAAGAUAAAAAGCAAGAACUCCUUGAAAUGGAUCAGGCACUUAAGGAGAGAAAUUGGGAACUAAAGCAAAGAGCAGCUCAAGUUACACAUUUGGAUAUGACUAUUCGUGAACACAGGGGAGAAAUGGAACAGAAAAUAAUUAAAUUAGAGGGUACUCUGGAGAAAUCAGAAUUGGAACUUAAAGAAUGCAACAAACAGAUAGAAAGUCUGAAUGAAAAAUUGCAAAAUUCCAAAGAACAGCUUCGAGAAAAAGAGUUUAUAAUACUACAAAAUGAACAGGAGAUAAGUCAACUGAAAAAAGAAAAUGAACGAACACAACAAAAGAUGAAAGAAAUGGAAAAUGUUAUGAAAGAACAGGAACAGUACAUUGCAACUCAGUACAAGGAGGCCAUAGAUAUGGAGCAAGAAUUGAGGCUAACUCGAGAGCAGAUGCAGAACUCUCAUGCAGAAUUGUUGGAGGCUCGUCGUCAACAAGUCCAAGCACAGAGAGAGGUAGAAAGGCUGUCAAGUGAACUGGAGGAAAUAAAGCAACUCUCUAAAGAAAAAGAAGCUCAUGGACACCAUUUAGCUGAAGAAUUGGGGGCUUCUCAAGUACGUGAAGCUCAUUUAGAAGCAAGAAUGCAAGCAGAAAUCAAGAAAUUGUCAGCAGAAGUAGAAUCUCUCAAAGAAGCUUAUCAUCUGGAGAUGAUUUCACAUCAAGAGAACCAUGCAAAGUGGAAGAUUUCUGCUGACUCUCAAAAGAGUUCUGUUCAGCAACUAAAUGAACAGUUAGAGAAGGCAAAACUGGAAUUAGAAGAAGCUCAGGACACCGUAAGCAAUUUGCAUCAACAAGUCCAAGAUAGGAAUGAAGUAAUUGAAGCUACAAAUGAAGCAUUACUUAUUAAAGAAUCAGAAUUAACCAGAUUACAAGCCAAAAUUUCUGGGUGUGAAAGGACAGAAGACAUCAAGUUUCUACCAGCCCUGCUUACAUCUGCAACAGAAAUUAUGCCUGACAUUCAAGAUCCAAAAUUUGCUAAACAUUCUCACACAGCCUUUUUCAAGUGUAGAAAGCUACGUCGCUCUAUUAGUGCCAGUGACCUUAGUGUCAAGACACGUAGUGAUGAAGAUCUUUCUGAAGAAUUGCUACAGGACUUAAAAAAAAUGCAGUUAGAACAGCCUUCAACAUUAGAAGAAAGCCAGAAGGAUCUGACUUACACCCAGUCAGACUCAUUUAAACCGCUCACGUAUGACCCAGAAGAUGAUAGUUCUGAGAGUAAUGACUUCAGUACUCUCAGUGGAAUGCUAAGAUACAUAAACAAAGAAGUGAGACUGUUAAAAAAGUCUUCUAUGCAAACAGGUGCUGGUUUACCUCAGGCUGAGAAAGAGGAGGUGUUGGUCUUGCUGUCUGAAGGGUGGCAGAGGCAGAAAGGCUGGAGGAGGUGGAAGGGGAGACAGGAGAGGCAGGUACAUUUGGUAUAAUUUUAGGAAAAUACAUCACAAUUUCUGUGAUUUUUUUUUUUGCUUUUGUAUUUCUUUAAAAAUGUUUUAAUACGGUACCAAUCCUUCUUCCACCAUUUGCUUUAGGUUCAGUGCCCAUAUCAUAGAAGGGUCCAUGUCAUAAAAAUAAAUUGCUUUGGGGUAUUUUUGUCCAGAAUAGGACAUUUUUGUUGUAUUAAAAACCUGUCCAGGCAGAUAAUCCUUUCUCCUUAGUGAUUUUCUUAAUGGCGUCCCUGAACUGUCUGCUGCUUCUUGGUUACCUUGACAUUUUUUAGUACAAACCUAUUUCUAAAAUUAUCAAGCCAUCCUUUGUUGGCAUUAAAUUCUCCAGCUUUGGACCCUUUACCUUUCCUUCGCUCUAAAUUGUCAUACAAUGAUUUUGCUUUUUCUUGAAUUGUAUUAGAGUCUAUAGGCAUGCCUUUCUUACAGCAUUCUUACAGUCACGUAAAAGUUGCAUUUUCAACACAAGAUAAAAAGUUCAAGGUUUUCAUACCUGCUAGCCUAACUGCAGUGAUGGCUUCACAAAUUUCCUUUUCUUUUUUUACAAUGGCCCUUACACUGGAUUCACUUAUCUUGAAAUGAUGGGCAUCCACAGCUGCACACCUCAAUCUACAGUACAUACCAAGCAAUUCAAUUUUUUCUUGUAAUGUCAUUACAUUGCUUCUUGGGAGCACUCCCAACAUUACUAGCAGCACUUUGUAUGGGUCCCUUGAUGUUUUUCAAAAGUUUAUGGUAUUUCACUAAACACCAGAAAAAUAUGUGAGAACUGCAAGAGGUCACUUUUUUAUUGCAAUACAUAAUUUACUGGAGAGACGAACUACUCAUGUGGAGAGGAUUAAUGUCACACAGUGUUUUAAGCAAUACAAUACUUGAGCUCACCCCAAAACAACAGGUGGUGGCUACAAGAUUAUUACAAUAGUACUAUAUUUAAUUUUAUGCAGUUAUUUAAUCCUCCGUCUUUACAUUUGUUUACAUUUCGACUGCAGAUGGCGCCAUGUAUAGUCUGUGUAUAAAUUUUGAUGAAUCUUAACUUUUUAUAAUAGAUUUGUGUAUAUUUUAUGCACAUGACAUACCUUUUUCUUAAUUUUUCAGUAUUUCUAGGCUGUGAGGGCCUUCUGUGAGUUUUUUCAAAUUGUUGCAAAUCUCCAAAAAAAUUUCCAAUAUAUUUAUUGAAAAAAAUUAGCAUAUAAGUAGACCUGUGUAGUUCAAACCUGUGUUAUUCAAAGGUCAACCCAUGUUAUUCAAGGGUCAGCUUAAUUGGAAAACGUUUUCGGAGCUCCAAAAUCAGUUGUGUUUCUAGACUUCCUGGAAACCAUUCUAGUAAAAAAUUAAGAUGACCUUUGUUUUGUAGACUUCCACGGUGCAGGGUAUCUCAUUUACAUGAUUUAUCUACUUCCAUUAUUCCUUGAGCAUAUCAUACUGAAUAGGCAGUUCUGUCCCUAUUACACAUACCUUACAGACACUCAGCAUUUUUUACAAAGAUUUUAUUUGAGAGAAGAGAGAGAGAGACAAAGAGAGAACCUGUGUGCAGGAACUGGGGGGGGGGGGGGGGAGGGGCAGAGGCAGAGGGACAAGCAGACUCCCUGAUGAGCAGGGAGCCUGAUGAGGAACUUGAUCCCAGGACUCUGAGAUCAUGACCUGAGCCAAAGGCAGACACUUAUCCAACUGAGCCAUCCAGGUGCCCCUCAACAUUUUUUAUAAGCAUUUAAUCUAUAAUUUGCAUAUAGAACAUUUUUCAAAUGUUCAUUUGUUUCAUUUUCAAAAUAACAUUGGUGGCCUAAAAAAUUUAAAAAGCAUUUUUAGAUUGGAUCCAAGACAAAGACUGAUAGACCUUCUUUUCAUUUCUCCACAUUGAAAAGAGCUUAAUUUACUACUUAUAAGCAAAAAACUAUGUAAUAUUCUUAUUGCUAAAUAAAAUUUUCAAAUGAAAUUUCAAGAGUAUAGCAAGUCAGAUGAAACAGUAAACUAGGCAAUUGUGUAUAAUGCCUGAUAAGAUUGUAUAUAAUGCCUGAUAAAAUUAGUUUUCAUCUAGCCUUUAAAACUACAGUGUUUAUUUUUUAUCAUUUUCAGCCAUUUCAUUAUUUAUUGAGCAUCUACUAUACACCAGGCACUGGAAUCAUAGAAAUAAACAAAAAUGACUAAGACCCUGUCCGAACAGAGCUUACAUUUUAGUUGGGAGACCAUCAGUAAAAGACAUAUGCUCUAAUGCUAGGUGGAAAUAUGUAAGAGCAUGCUGUGUGAUGGGGGUGCUGUUUUAGAUAGGGUGGUCAGGGAAGGUGUCUCAAGAAGGUGACAUUUGAUCAGAGUCUUGUAGGAAGUAAGCAAGCUAUCCCAAUAGCUAAAGGAAGAGCACUGGAGGAAAGCGAACAACAGGUACUAAAGUCCUGGGGUGGUAGCCUGCCUGGUAUGUACAAAAAACAGCUAGGAGGGGUACUAAUGGUUUGGUAUAAACAAGAGGGAAAGGACUAGGAGAUAAGAGAUGAUGCUAGGUGUUGGGUUGUAAGGUGGGGCUGGGGGUGCUCUAGCAGUGUUGUAACUCCUAUAAGAACUUUGGAUUUUUUUUGAAGUGUGAUGGGAAGGCAUUGGAAGAUUCUGCUUAGGGAAAUGACAUUUAUCUGAUUUAUGUUUUUAAAGGAUCACUCUGGCUGUUUUAGGAAGAAUGAAUGACAAAGGAAUAAGAGCAGAGACUAUCCAGGAGGCUACCUGUAAUAAUCCAGGCAAGAGAUGAUUUGGGGUAGGCAGGAGGAUAGAUGUGGAAGUGUUGAGAAUAGUUCCAUUUCUGGAUAUAUUUUGAAGAUAGAGCCAACAGGAUUUAAUGUAGGUCUUGAGUGAAGUAGUCAAGGAAGACUCCAAAGAUUUUGGCAAGAGUAGUUGGGCUUUUACUCAGUUGGGGAAUACUAGGAGAUGAACAGAUUUGGAAGCAUGGAGAGUUCAAAAGAUUGACUUUAGAUAUAUUAAAUUUGAGAUUUCUAUUAGAUGUCCAAGUGAGGAUGACAAACGAAUGACUGGGUUAAUGAGGCUGAAGUUAUAAAUUUAGGUAUCAGCAUAUAGAUCAUUGCUAAAGCCAUAAUGCUGGAUUAAGUCCAGGGAAUUAGUGGAGGUAGAAAAAAGCAGCCCCAAAAUUAAGCCUAAUUUACUAGUAAGGCUAAAUUAUUUUUAGCAUGCAAGAAGUGAGGCUCCAAUAAAGCUAACUGUAAGAUUUAAACAGUGUGAUAGAAAAAAUAAGGAAAACGUAAUAUAUCACAUGUUUCAGAAAAGAGAUUAAAUGUUGCUAAAUAAAGUGAGGAUUAAUAAUUGAUGUAUUUGGUAUUAUGCAAGCUAUUGAUGACAUUUAUGAGAAUGGCUUCAGGGUAAUAGGAUAAAGCCUGGUUAGAGUGUGAUCAGCAGAGAAUAGGAGAAGAAAAGGAAACACCAAAAACAGGCAACUCUUUUGAUGUAAAGAAAUGAGGGAGAUGAAAUGUCAAGGGAGAGUUUUGUUUUUUAGAAUAAGAGAUAAAACAGCAUAUGAUUAGUGGUAGACAGGGAAACUGAUAAUUCAAGACAGAGUAGAAGAAAUAAAGUUCCUAAGGUAGGCUGAAACAGAUAGAAUCCAGCAGAGAAGUAGAAUUGGCCUUGGAUAAAAGAGACAGUUCAUCUACUGUAGAGAGAAAGUACAACAUAUGGGUACAGAAACACAUGGAGUAGAAGAUUUGGUGAGAAGGGAGCAAUUUCUUUAUUGAUUGCCUUUAUUUUCUUAGUGAAGGUUUUCUUAGCAAGGUUAUGAGCUAUGGCAGGGUAAGGUGCUAGAGGAUUAAGAAUGGGAAAGGUAUAUGAAAUAGUUAUCUUGGAAAAUGAGAAAAUAUAAAAGGACUAGGGAAGUGUAGUAGGAUUACCAGGUAGAUAGUUUUGUUGGGUGAAAUGGCCCUGCAAAUAUAUCUGGCAUCUUUUGUCCCGCUGUUAUAUGCCAGCAACAGGAUCUCCCCAUCAUAGUGACAACCAAAAAGAACUAUCACCAAUUUUCAGAAUCAUCCCCAGGAGGGGAGUACUGCUUUCUUUGAGAACAUCUGCUCUAUUCCAAUGGCCCUAGAGUCCUAGAUAUGUAACAGUCUAUUUCUGGUAAAUAGAAUUCAUUUUGGGACGCCUGGGUGGCUCAGUCAGUUAAGCAUCUGCCUUCGGCUCAGGUCAUGAUCCCCAGGUCCUGGGAUCACGUUCCGUAUUGGGCUCCUUCCUCAGCCGGGAGCCUGCUUCUCCCUCUGCUUGCACCUUGCUCUCUUUCUGUCUGACAAAUAAAUAAAUAAAAUCUUAAAAAAAAAAAAAAAAAAAAAAACUUUAUAUAGGAUAAACUUGAUUAGUACAGUGACAGAUUGUAAUCUGUGAAUGACUCAGGUUUGAUUUGAAAGUGUCCUCAAGCUGGCAUUGAAGUCAUACACUGAUUUGUGCAAAGAACCCUUAAGCUCUUUAUUUUAAGCAAUGGAUGGGUGAUGGGGCAUCAUUGUUAGGCUGUGUUGAGGGCAUUAGUUGGCCUUAAUCCAGCCCUGCUCCAGAGUGUGCAGUUUUAUUUAUUUAUUUUUUUUUAAGAUUUUAUUUAUCUGAGAGACAGAGAGAGAGAAUGGGGGCGGGGGGCAGAGGGAGAAGCAGACUCCCCGCUGAGAAGAGAGCCCGACGCUGGGCUUGAUCCCAGGACCCUGAGAUCAUGACCUGAGCCGAAGGCAGAUGCUUAACUGACUGAGCCAUCCAGGAGCCCCCAAAAUGUGCAGUUUUAAAGUCCACGGAUACAGCAGAAGAAAACCUAGAAAUUAUUGUGUGAGAAGUGCUUAAUAAGUGUUAGCUUUUACUUGUGUUGUAGCCCAAAUGAUUUUCCUAAGUUAACUAUGUUGCCUGUUCCAUUCACAAUAAAGCCGCUGACAAAAGCUUCAGAAGUCACAAAAAAUUACACAUGCACAAAAUUUUGAACACAUUAUCAAAGGAGUUCAGAGACAGCAAGUUAAAAACUCCUGUUUUAGAUUUGAACGGUGUAAUACUGUGCCGCGAAUACUAAUUAGCUAUUUCACAGUUUAUUAGGAAGUUAUAAGAAGUAUUGUUUAUAUCCAUCUUAUUUCCAAAAAGGAAAAAUAGUUUACAAAUGUGGUCCAUAUGCCAUGCAAUAAGAUGAAAAAUAAGAAUUGAGAAAGUAGGCUAUAGGGAAAACAGAGAUGGAAAGAAACAAGGUGAAGCAAGACCACAGGUAAUACCUAAGGACAUGGUAACAUUUUCAAAUCCCUAGCAAGUAAAGACCAGGGUAUAACAAGAGUAUUUGACCUGUAUUUUUAUAAUCUCCUGGGCCGGGGGCGCCUGGGUGGCUCUGUGAGUUGAAUGUCCAACUCUUGAUUUUAGCUCGGGUCAUGAUUUCAGGGUUGUGAGACCCCUCUGUGCUGGGCAUGGAGCCUGCUUGAGAUUCUCAUUCUCUCUCUCCCUCUCCCCCUGCUCUCUUUUUCUCCCUCUUAAAAAAAAAAAAAAAAUCUCCUGGGCCUUUUUCAUAUAUUUUUCUACUUCUCUGUGUUGUGCUAUUUCUUUGUUUAAACAUUUCUCUCUUGUCAUUUCCCUUUCCUGUUCUUAUUUCUCUUCUUUUUCACUAUCUUCAGGUAGCCCUUCAUCUGUCUUCCUUAACUGUGCCCUCAAACUAUAGUGUGACACCAGUGUCUAAAUAUUUAUGUCUUCUGUUUUUGUUUUUUAUAUCAAUUUAGUUUAACUUUGCACCCCCUCCCAAGGUCCCCAACCAGAAUUACUUGCUUUUUUUUUAUUCCAUGUGGUCCAUUAUUGACUUUUUCUGAUUCAUAUUUCUUAAUUGAGUAAAUAUUUCCCACUCUUGCUUUAAGUUAUGCUCCUGAUCAUUAUAGUGGACAUUAAUGCUGAAUUAAUAUAAGCAUAUUUCAAAAGCUAAUCUUUUUUUUUUUGCAUUAUUCCAGGGAGAAAAUUUGUAAUUAAAUGAAGAUGUUGAUAUGAUGAAAAAUGAGAUUUUUGGUACAGUGUUUAUUACAUGUAGCUCAUACUUCAUAGAAGCUGUUGUUUUAUUGCUUUUGAAUAAAUUUUUAUUUCAGUA